CGCGCCCUCGCUUUCAAUCUGCCGUCCCGCCGAAUUGCAAGCAAGCAAGCCUUCAAGGUCGAUUGCACAGGCGCGACUUGCUUGGCCUGAAUUGAUUCAUUUGAGAAGAGCGGACGUUAGGAGCUGGAUUUGCAAUGGCGUUGCCAAUGGCUUCAAUGCGAUGGAUGGGUCACGAUGGAAAGGCGGAAAUGAGCAGAAGCCCAUAUUGUGUACUAGUAAUGGUAGGGGUAGUGCGGGCUAUGGAGCCAAUCAAUGUGGAUGCUCGCUUGUGUAAUUGUAAUUUCAAUCUUCCAGCGGAGAUCGUUACUUGUUCCUGUGUGUCAGUGGUUUUUGAUUUUCCCACGAUGCGACUUUGCAUUGAUGGGGCAAGUGCAUCUGGACUGGCUUCACAUGUUACUGCGCGAGGUCUUUGAGUCACAGGAUGCAUGCGUGCAUAUGUUGAGGGAUACUACGCAGCAAACUCUUUGCAAGAAAUUCUCUUUGCGUUCCACACCACCAUCACAACACUUCUCUCAUCGCUUUGUUGUACCGUCUCUUCCGCGUCCAGCACGCCAAGGUGUCCAGGCAACAAUAGCCUCGUCUUGCCGCCGGCCACGUUGUCGAACUCACCCAUGGUCUAUAGAUGGGAUGGGUCUGAGACGCGGGCGCUGGUUGGCUUACUGUGCUACCCAGAACACAUGUCGCAACGGGUAGCGUGCCACGAGUGUGCGAGCUGGAAAGGGUGCGGU